AUGGCUAUGCUGCUGUACGUGACUCCCAACGUAAAGUCCGUGGAAGAGAUGUUUUUAAGGAAGGCAGCUUCGCAUAUCGCACCUCCUUUGAUCCAACAGCUCAGUGAAUCGCAGCAAACAGCACUUUUCAAAAACGACAAUACUACAGCUCUCGUUUCCACCCAGUUCCCCUUUGUUUUCAGCGACCAUAGGCCUUUUACUGACCCUGUUUUGAUAGCUCCAACCCAGGUGGGACUUAUUUAUUUGAUCAUUUUGACGUUUAUUCAACUCAACUUUCUCAUGCCUAUCAAUUUCAUGAUGGGCGCCAUGAAGUUGAAAAACUUUCACUACGUUGCGGUCAAGAUGCUCGUGUCGUACGCGGGCUACUUUAUCUUGUCAUUGAUGUACUCAUUUGUAUCUUUAGCCAUGCAAGUUGACUUUACGGUAGCAUUUGGCAAAUCUGGAUUUUUGGUUUUCUGGAUGUCGUCGUUCUUGACCAUGUGUGCCGUAGGAGGAAUGAACGAGGUGUUCUUUUUGAUUUGUUUUGCUACGAUCCCUCCAUUCAUCGGAGCAUGGUUAUUGUUCUGGGUCAUCAGCAACGUCACUCCAACAUUUUCACCACUUGCACUUUGUGCUCAUUUUUUCCGCUAUGGAUACGCCAUGCCCAUCCAUGCGUCGUACGAAAUAUCCAAGGUGGUUUUCUUUGACACUUAUAAGGGAGCCUUGGGAAGAAAUUAUGCUAUUUUGGUGAUAUGGAAUGCUUUGGUGUUUGUAUUGCUUCCAUUUGCAGCGAUUUUCUACAAGAGAAGAAUGGCGCAAAAGGCCAUUGCUGAGCGCCAGAAGGUGGUGGACGAGGUGCAGAACGGCAAGAUAAAUUAG